AUGCCGAUUCGGCUCGGCGCCGUCACUCUCUGCGGAGGAGUCCUCCUCUGGCUUCUCUGCUCUUCACCGCUCUGCUCCGUUGCCGGCGUGUGCGAACUGAGCGUCGUCCAAGGCAGCACCCUCUAUAACUACAGCUUAGCCUCUCCUACGCCCGAAAACCCCCACGGCGUCCUAAGCGAAGAUGGGUAUUCCUCAUUUCUCCUCUCUCAUAUCCCUCCGAUCUUUUAAACUUCCUCUGUGUGUUUUUGAAUUCGAAUAGUGAGCUUCGGAUGGGGAAUGCUUACUAAAACUUAUCUUGUUGGAGGAGAACGAUCCGAUGUCGUACGUUCUAUUGCUCGCUGGGGGAUGAUUCAAUUAUGAGAAUAUCACUUUAUGUUAACUGGGUUCAUUUUUUAUUGUCGGAGACAUUGCGCAAACUUGCUACUUUCCUUUUGCGACAGGCUUCUUUCUUUUCCUCUAAAACCUACAGAUCAGAGAAUCCUUUUUUUUAUUUUCACAUGCUUAAUGUUGAUCGUGUCUUAUCGUUUUAGAUUGCAAAAAAUCUCCUCAUUGAACAGGCUCCGGUUUUGGAAUUUAAGCUCUCUAAAUUACUUUUGAAGUAUCUGCUUUCUGUAGGCUGUCAAAAUUUAAGGUGAUGCUGGAUUCAUUCUUCUGAUUAUUUUUUACUUGCCUCAUGGCCUGUAGGUUUUACAAGAUAGUUGUAAAUGACACUUCACUGUGGUUUCAGGUUGGCUGUCUGUCUUUUUACCUUGUAUCUACUAAUUAAGCCGCUUUUUUUAUCUGUUGUAUACAGAUGGUUCUUUGCAUGAAUAUAGUUUUCUUUAUUUACUCUUUGUCUCUUUCAUCCAUUAUGAAGUGAAGUGUUUAAAGUAUUCAUUCAUUCGUCUUGUUGCCUCCGGUUAUAAUCGGAAGUGGUAUUGCCUCAGGGUCACGUGCUCAUAUUUUCUGUAUCCUUUUCAUUUGGACAGCUAUGUAAUCAGAUGAUAUUCAACCACGACCCUCCAAGAUGCUUAGAUUGUGAGGUAUUUGAGAUAUUUUUGCCUUUAUUUUCUUGAUCCACCUUUGCUUUCAUAGAUUAUAAUUUUCAGGGGACUUUCAAUUGGCAGUGUAGGAUAUGAUAUAGGAUUCGAUGGUGCUGGAUCAUCACUGGCCAUUAUUGACGCCAAAGAUUCAAUUGUGCUUUGUGUGACUGAGGGAAGGAUGAUCCGCUCUCUAUUAAUAAAAUAUUUUAUUCAUGAUAUUUGAAGAUAAAGACGUUCUUUAUUGCAUCCAAUUUCUACUUAUUAUUUAUGAUAUUAGGAUUAGAUUGAGUACCAACAAAGUGGAUUCGGGAUUUAAUUGGCUCUCCAGGAAUGAGAAAAAGGCAGAAUAAUAUGGAGGAGUAUAGAGUUAUAUUAGUUCUCUGAAAGUGAUUGAGAUUCAGUAAUCUUAUGCACAUCUAGCUUUGAGAACGUAGUUUGCCAAUUUAGCUGAUGGAACUCAUUAAACCAGAUAAUUGCUAUGUUUUUCUAAUUUAAUCCAAAUUUCACGAUUAACCAUCAUAGAAGGCUGAAUCUGAUCGACCAUGUAGAUCUGCCCUGGCCAGUCCCAAUCAAGAUCAUAUUGGGCUUGAUCGGAUAAACUAAUUUCAGAAAAAGUAGCCAACCCCAUCUCGGCUAGUUUCAAAGGUGUCAAUCCAUGCCCCUCAAAUUGCAAUGCUGGUGGCAGGCUUGUCUUCUUUUUCCCUUUUUAUCCAAAAUCGCGUUCAAUGGAAGAUAAGAAGGAAAGAUAAUCCCCAACUACUGAUCGAUCACUAUAUUUGCUAGCUGCAUUAUACUGUAUGGAGGCUGGACCCUUUUUUUCGUGUUUUCCUCGAUCAAAUUGAUGUUGGAAGUCCAAAAUCCGGAUGCCAACCAAUUGAACCAGAUUGUGCUUCACUGAUUUGGUGAUGCUUAUCUAUCGAUCAUUCAUAUUGAAGAAAACUGCGUGCUGAAUAAACUAGAGAAAUGCUAGGAAUAUACAAAGAGUUGAAAAAAUCCAAAUCCUUAAAUAAUUACUUUGGAAACUUAUCUUUCUGUGUAAUUUUUCGGUAGUACAUCUAAGCAAGGUGUGGCAAUGCAGUCUGUCUUGUCAUGGCUUCACCCAGUUUUGGCACUCAAGGCCACACUGGUGGUGGCACUGUCAUAGGCAGCACCAGCAAGGAUGCAAUGCAGAAAAAAUUGCAGAUGAUGGAGGUACCCAAUCACUUGACAAAGUCAUGUAGCCAUGGGAAAUACAGAGAUGGAGAUACAUUAAUUAUAUUGGAGACGGUAUAAAUUUAGGUGUUACAACAUUCGGACCAUGAUAUCCAUUUACAUUCAUUAAAAUGUGUGAGAAGUUCCCACGUACAUUAGUGGGAUAGCUUAGAACCGCAAGAUUAAGACCCUGCCAGCCACGCCAGCUAAGCCACUUCUAGACCCGGAUGAAGGGGACGAGUCCUUCGGCCAUUUUAUUUCGCCACUUCGUUGACAAAAUAUACAACGUGAGUCAAAUCGUGACAUUAAUACCAUUGUGGCACACUAGUAAUAGCAAUAUUACCGCGCUCGGAUAUUUAUAGAUUCACAUGAGUGAAAUUAUCUCAACCUAUAAUAGCAUAGAAUCCAAAUCACAUCUAAUUGUCAAACAUAAUACGAGUCUUCAAGACAAUGUGAAAGCCAGAGCUUUAGGGGCACACUAUUUCCAGCCGUUAACCGUGGAAUCUGAUACUGCCCAUUCUCCUUUGACUCAUACCUGCAUUCAUACGAGAAAAUCUCAUUAACAUUCCUUGUUGUUAUAUUGAAAGCCAUACAGCAUCCUUAUCACACUUAGGUAAGGGUAAAAGAUGAGCCUGGAUUUGUAUGGAAUUUAGUGGAUUUGCGUACCUUACCCAACUGGUUCUUAAGAGGAGAUUGCACCCACUGACCUGGGUCUCAUGCCUGUCACAAGUCUCAAGGCAACGGUAGAUUAUUUUGCUCACGUUGACUGGUUGCUUGCACCUUGUAAUUAGUGGCAUAGAAAAGGCGGAACUAAAUGGACUGAUGACCACUGGAUUGUUGCCACAAAGAUAAUAGACUAGGUAACACUUCAGAAGUUUCGGUAGAAAAAGCUCAGAUGAAGAACUUCAGUGCGUCUUCUUCUCCCCCAAGUUUCUUGAAGAAUGGGAACUCUCAAAGAAGAGGGCACAUCUGUUGAAUACAAGAGCCAAUGGCUCAAGAUGAACCCGUGAUGCCUCAAGUCUCUCAAUGGCUCACAUCAUAUUGUUCAUGGCUGAUCACGAUUGUUGGGUAGAUAGUUGGUAAUGCCCCAUGACGAUCCAUGGUCUGCAAAGGCUUCACGGCCAGGGCACGGGCAACCUCUGGUAUCAAUGGAAGGAUGCACGGAUGGCGAUAGACAGCUGCCUUCCAACAAUGGGAGUAGUUGAGCUGACUUCUGACCGGCGGCUGGGAGGGGGGGCGGGGGAUGAAAGGUAGAUGGAAAAAAUAAGGAUGUCGGCAAUGAUGGACAUUGGUAGCAGAGGCCCACAAGAUCAGAGGAGCAAGUAGUUGGGCUGCUGUUAUAGAACUUCUCAUCCUCAAAUAUGUAGAGGGUUCAACCCUAACCUAGGCUUUGAUACCAUGUCAAAACAGGAGGAAAUCUAGGUUGCAUUCGUGGUCCCUUCUUUACCAAUUAUAUAUAAUGAAAUUACGGGGCUGUACAACAUGACCUAAUAUGGGCGUAACAGUCUUAAUUUCAAAAUCAUUUGCUAACGCACGAACAUGAGACAAUUGGUCUAUUAGAUUUACAUUCUUAUAGAUUCUCUAACACCCGGUUUGUCAGAAAUAAUUCCCAGGUUUCUAAUGAAAAUGAUUUUCCUAAGAACAAUAUUCUCAUGAUUCAUGCGAUAAUAAAGUAGUAACCAAAGGAGAACCUGAACCCCAUAUAAGAAGAGUUGUAGAUUCCCUCCAGAUGAGACUGUAUGGUAGGUGAACUUUCAAUUUCUAUUCCAUCUCCAUUAAUGCAUCCUCUUCUUUCAUUCUUCCUGUUCUGUAUGCAAUUUGGCUUUUUUCAAUGCCGGCUUGCAUGAUACGUUAUUCCACAGAGUUUCUUCUAAUAGGCUUUGUUCUUUUCCCAUCUCUAAGAAGUCAAAAAUCUCUAUUGACGUAGCCUUUGUGUCCCCUUUUUCCUUUGAAAGUGCCACAAUUUCUCUCGUAGUGAUGAACCCCACACACUAUUUAUUCACCUGGAGUACGAAACUUUGUAAGAUAAAGCUCAACCUCAGCCGUCACCACAUCACUUGCCAGAGGAAUGCUGCUAUGGAUCUUAAAAAGUUAUUAAUGAUGCUCAUUUUGUACAUCUUAAGCAUCACCUUCUAAUACAUUGUUGUUUGACUGCUUCUACAUCUUUUGCUGUGCAAAGCUAGGUAAGUUCCUACCGUUUGGGACGCUAAGUCUUUUGAUCUCUCUGAACCUAAAAAUCAUCCCCAAUUGACGUCAUACCAUAUUUUGUAAAACUGUUUUUCCUGCAUUUGAUAUCCAAGUGGGGAUGGGUACGUCUUCCAUAUCAUAGCCUCGUCAAGCAUCCUGCUAGACCAGUUUUUCGCCAGACAAUUCUGAGCAACACUGUGAAUCUACCUAGCUCUGGAAACUUCCAAUCUCCAGCUGUUUCCACGCCUGCCCUAACUUUUCGGGAUUCUCUCAAGGGCUCUCAAAUGCUCUACUUCCAAACUUGAACAUAUGUUUGCAAUUUUGAUAGCAAUCUGCAGCACCUAUAUAAUAAAAAAAAGAACAACUCUUAGUUUUUUACAGCACUGAUAUUGCAGGUUUUAAAUAUCUUCAAUAUUGCAGCUAUGUUGUUGGUUUUCAAUAGCCAAGUUUCUAAUGUUUUCUCUUCUUACUUACUCUGCAUUAAAUAAAUGUAAAUAUCUUCACAGGUUUGCCUCAUUUAAUUGAUGCAUGCCCAGACAUUGUUUUUUUACUAAUUUCGUAUUUGGUAUUAUGGAUUUCCUUCUCUAAGAAUUAGUCUUCCACUGAUUUUAUGGUUCUGGUUGCUUUUCACUGCAUUUUUCUAGUUAAAAGGAAAUGCAAAUAUUCUGCAUUUAUGAGUUUUGGUAAUUUUAGAUUAAAUAGAGUUCAUUUCUGCAUAUGCAACAAGGGUGUUUUGCGUGAAAGGCUUGUUCAUUGGUUUUUACGUUCGUGAACUCAUGAAUUGCUUAAGUUUUGUGAUUGCGAAUGUAGGACUGUGGCGGUCCAUCACACUGUGGCAUGAAAUGUAGCGCACUCGUUGAGAAUAAUAUCGGAGGUAAAAGAACUCUUUAUGCUUUCACUGACUAAGAUUCCAUUGCCUUAUUUCGGGCCAUGUUGUCCCAGUCUACGCGCAUAAAUUUUGAAGAGCUUUAUGACGUUUUGUUCCUCAUCUAGCUCAAGAACCACCUGAAUUUUUCCAGUAAAUUACACCCUUCACUGAUGCCACUUCAUUUCUUGUUUUCAUUAUUUAUAAAUGAGACUUUUGGAUCACAGGUAAAUGAAUCACAAGUUUUCAUUAUUUCACGCAUCUUUAGCUUUUAUGCACAUUAGACAUCAUUUUAUAUAUCUCAUUGAACUUCUUCAAUAUCCUAAUUCAUUCUUUAGCUAAUUUCCAAAUUUUAAUAUUGACAAAAAUAUUGAAUUUAUUUAGUCAAUGGAGACUAGAUAAGGUACGCUAAUUGGUUUGUAUUAUUUGCAGGCUAUGCUGUGUGCACUACGAUAGGACAAACCUCUAGUCUGGAUGUUGAACUAAUAGGUACAGUUGUGUUAUUUUCCUGUAUCUUAAUUUGUUUUUUCUAACUAUUCUGAGUUAUUUUUUCCAUCACCUACCUUCAGGAUGAGGUCUUUUGUGGGGACUUUUGGACUAAUCCUUUCUAUUAUUUAGGGGAUGUUUGCUGUUUAUUGACAGAUAUGUAUUGAAUUUCUACUGCAGAAAGCAGAAAUCCUAGCAAAGGUGUUACUGUUAAGAUGGUGGCUAGUGGCCCCAAGAGAAAUUGUUCGCUUUCUGUUUCUAUAUUCUGUGAUAUGAAAGGUGUAGAAGUGAGUAUUCCGUGAACUUUUUUUCUAGUGUGAGCCUGUUUCCAUUACUCCCCCUCGGUUUUACUUUUUCCAUCUCCUAAUCAUCCUUCAGUGAAUCUCUUUCAGGAACCUGAAUUAUUGGAAGUACGGGGCUCAUGUGACUAUGUGAGUACAUCGAUUGCCGUCCUGUUUGUCAUCGUUUUAUUGCUCUAUAAUUUUUUUAUUAAUAUUUUAAACAUUUUUUUGAUAUUAUUCAGUGGUGGCCUAUUUUUUCAAAUUUUCUGCAGUGAAAAUUUCCUCUGAACGGCCUUAUUUAUUUCUGUCCUUCUCUUAGCUUCUUUAUAUGAGUUUAUGCUCCUCAAAGACUAGAUCUUGUGCCAGACAUUCUACGAACUUUCUUUGUGAUUUGUCCCUAACAGGGUCUGGUGCUAAGGCAUCCAUCCGGCUGUCCAGCGAUCAUAUCCAUUGAUGGAAAAGGGUUGGGCUGGUUUGGCACUCUCUUGGUUAUGUAUGUCUCCUAAUCGCAGUUAUUAGUCACCAUGUUGCAGUGUGCACAUUUCCAUGUAGCUUCUCUUCUAAAUAGAUAGGUAGUUCAAUUUAUCAUAUUCUUGUAGCUUUUGUCUUUAACUAGUUGCUUGUCUGCCUUUCAGAAUACUCUGCUUAAUGGGGACAUACUUCUCAGCUGGUAUAAUUUAUAGGUUUUUCUUCCUCAAAGUUCGUGGUGCUGACGUACGCUUUGACACCUUAUUCAUAUCUUUCCAUUGUUACUGCUUUAGGAACUCCUCAUUGCGUACAUUUUUUUUUUUUAAUACUUUCCCACCUCAAUUAGGAAAUAUAAAAUUUUAUAAGCUUUUCCAUAUGCCGACAUAUGUGCUUAAAGUCGACCUGGGCGUUGAUGAUUCUCAUAAUCUUUGGUGACAUAAAGUCAACCCACGAUUAAACACUGCGUUUCUUAUAGUCUUCUGGUGCAUCAGACAUGGGAUUCAUUUUUCCAUAUUUUAGCUGACUCUCUAGAGGAAUCAAACGUCACAACGUUUUUCAGUCUUAUUUCUAUAUAUAUAUAUAUAUAUAUAUAAGUUUUCAUUUGGUCGUGAAAUAAUGCGAGAAGAAUUAUUAUUUACUGGAAAUUGAAAAGUUGAAAGAUUGCACGCCACAUUCGCCUGGAAUUUUCGUGAUAAAUUACUGAUUCAUCCCAAAACUGUCCGAUCAUCCUGAUAUCAUGUAUAGCCAAAAAGGCAAUCUCAUACUGGUCAGCCAUUGAAUCAGCAGGUAAUAAUAAUAAUAAUGAGAAUAAUAAUGUAAACAGUGUGAAAAUCGAGCAAUCACAUCUGUCCAUGAUAUUGGCUCUGCCUGGACGAUGGACGAACACAAGCUGACUUAAAAGGGGCGGCCAUCAUUGUUUCAGUUGUUCCUCAUAUUGUUAUAGAAAUAGGCAUAUGAUUAUAAAUAUUGACCCUGUUUCACGCAUAUUGUUCCCAUAUUAUGAUGCUUGUCCCUGCAUUUCAGGUUAUUCCUAAUCUGGAGUUUUGGUCAAGCGCACCACAAAGGCUCCGGGUAUGUAUUCAGUUGAAUUAAGUGUCACAUUCUUACCUACCUGCCUUCGCAUCAUAUGCUCUGAUGGUGAAGUCAGUAAGAUCCCUUUUCAGGCCUUGUGGUUGACCAUUGACGUGAAUUCGUUCUGCUAGCAUGUUUCCAUCCACUCUCUCAUGCUGUGAAAUUCGUUCUUAUCUUAGUAAUGGGUUUUCAUGCACAUGAUCUGUGAUAUCUAUAUCACUUUGAAAAAAAUAUUUCUUUCGUAACAUCCAUCCACUGGGUUACCAUGUGAUCUCUAUUAGGGUCCAAAUAUUUUGAUUUAAUUGAAGUGGACAAAAUUAUUGGUCACACAUAUAAUUUCAGAAAAGCAAGAUUGAUGGAUAAAUGAUUUUAAGAAUAUUCAUAUACAUAUAGUUUGUUCUUUGAAUCUUGUAAGAGGACUGAAAUUUUCUUAUCCUACGUCAUGAUGCAUAAAAUUCUCUCGCAGAAGAUUUUAUGGUUUGUGGUGAAGGUAUGAAUUUUAUCAUCAAAGUUAAUAGUCAUUCGAUCGUGGCAAUCGAUUCCAAACCAGAUUAUACCAGAUUAUACCAGAUUAUACCAAAGUUCAUUGUCAUCUUCUUACUUUGAGAUUAUACCAGAUUACCAGAUCUCUGCACCGACACAAACCAGAGACUUCUCCUAGUAGAAUUCUUUACAUAUCUUGAAACUUUGCUACUCCCCCAUCAUCAAGGGUAAAUUCUAGUUCAAUAAUGAUUUAAUGUACCAGUUCGCCGAAGAGAUUCCUGUUCCUGGUUUUCUUCAUGAAAUCCGUUCUUCUUCAGUUGCUGCUUUAUCUCCUCAAUACCUACCAAAUCACAGCAAGAUACUCGAAUCUCACCCACACGCAAUAAUAAUAACUGCUGCUUGUGAAGGUCAGACACAACAGGGCUCCUCACAGAGCCAGAGAAAUAAGUAGAUUACGAAGAUGAGCCAGAUUUUCUCAAUAAUAAUAAGCGAAGUCAUCAAAGGGAGAAACAUGGUCAGAACCCAGAAUUUUAUAAGAAUCAUAAUGUUUUAAUGUUUGCUGCAUUUGGCAAUUAUUUCAAGGCAUUCACUCCAGAUCUCUUUCUGUAUAUUUUCUCGGCGCUUAAAUUAAAAAUAAUUCAAUUUUAUUUUUUUGGUCUUGUUUAAUUCCUUAAAAAUCCCGUUAUUGUUAUCUUUACCUUUGCCCAUUGUCUGUAGCCGAGUUGGUUCAUUGAGAAUUUUUCUUUGAUUUUUUUUUUCUUCUUCUGAAUCAUGCUGUUGGGUUUUUCAAUCCUGUCUCCUGAUAUCAUCCACCGUCGAUUCCAGGUUUCUCUUGGCUCUUUAGUGAGGAGGAUGAGAGCUCAACGCCGAGGCAGUCAGAGCUCUUAUGCGCCAAUGAAUUUCUGA